GAACGGGGAGAUGUCGGUUUUUUUUUUGGUAUCUGUCAAAAUUGUUUUUUGCUAGUUGAGCAAAUAUUAGUUAUAUGCUUUCUUUGUACGUGUUGGUCUAUGACCAAAAGCGAAGAUCCUCGACGGAAGUCGGCAAUGGGCGAAUGAUCUUAGCAGUCGUGCCCAACAUUUUUUGUGAAGCGCAUAAUUGAAUUGAAUUGGAACUUCUUUUUUCGCGAAUGAUCCUGGUAGACUAGCCCAACAGUUUUCUGUAAAACUGUCAAAAAGUGUCCGUUGUUUGUUGAAUAACUAAGCUCCAACAGCUAUCUGUGAAACGCAUCAUUGAAUUGAAUUGAAUAACUAAGCUACACCAUAUGAGGAACAAACAUGAAAUUAUCUAAAACAAUUUUGUUCCAAAAUGAUCUUCAGCAGCAUUACUUCGGUUACUCUGCUUUCGAAAUAUACACCGACUAUCGAGCUUAUGUGGAUCAACAGCUAAAAUAUCUGCUUAUCGAAUUGUCGAAAGUAUACGAAGAAUUGCACAAAACUCGCGACAUGAAAAGCCAUUUGUUGGAGGUGUACCACACGUUUUGGAAGUUGGCGGAAUCACCGAUGCAAAAGUUUCAUAUGGAACUUCAAAGCAUAUUCCGGGUACCAUUCUGCGCAGUUUUUCCUGACUUGGCGUCUGCAGAAAAGGUGUAUAGCAAAGAAGAUAUACAGGCUCUGCGAAAGGAUAUUGACAUGCUCGAGGACGACUUGUUAAAAAAAAAAUGCUACCUGGAACACAUGAAGAUGUUGAGGAAACAGGUCGUUCCGUUGAAACAAUGGGUAAACACGGCAACAACAUCCCUUCAAGAAUUGGAUGCACAACAUAUAAGAUUGCAAAGUUUAGAGACAAAGGUCCACAAAACACUUCAGGAGUUGCAAAAGUAUGACUAUCCCAAAAUUGACAGGAACAAAGAAUCGCAGGUGAUGGAAGAAUUCUGGCGUAUGGUGGGCGAGUAAACCACACAUGCGGUAAGUAUAUUUUUAUUAUUAGGUGUUACAGAGUUAAUAAAAUAAUUUCUCACGGCCUACUUGACUUCCGUUCUCGCUCGCACCCCUGAAAAUGAAAAACAACCCUAUUCAACGACCGUCUCGCGCGUUUACCC